CACAUUGAUCGCACUAUCUUUUUUAUGCCCGUCCAGGCCACAUGUGGCAGGCGUGCGGGGCUAUUCUUGGUCACCUCUGGCAGCUGAUACUGAGCCCCAUUUGGCAGGAGAUACCAGGCCACUUCUGGCAGGUGUAUAGUUCAUCUGUAAUAAUAAUAGUGCUUUUCCCAGCCAGAGGCGUUGUAAGAAUGGCACAGCAGUACCUUCAGCAGCCUGAGAAGGAGGUGCCUAUGACCUCAGCCUCCCUUUCACCUGCUGCAGGAAAACAUGAGUCUAUACUAGCCAAUGGCUCAUCAGUGGAACCUGAAGAUGGCAACAAGGAACGUAUCCUGGCAGGGGCAAGGGCCAGCAGCAAGAGAACCUCCUUGAAAAGUUCCAGUAGAACCUCCUGGAAGGUCUCCAAGAGCCCUAUAGAGAGUGGAACACCCACAAGUUCUCCUCAAGUCAAAUCCCAGGCGUCCCCCUCUGCACAGCAUCUCUACACCAGAAGUUAUAGCAAACAGAAUCUCCGACCCAAAACUCCUGCGCGGUGUCAUCUCACCGGAGAAGGAGAAGCAGCCCGGGAUGUCUCAAGUUCUAAGGAACUGGCAGUGGGGCAACAUCAAAGAGGGAGGACAGGAAGUCUCUUACAUCUUGCAAAGUCCACCCAGAAGGAGGCAGAAAAUGUCCAAGCCUACUCAGGUGGCAAAGAACCAGGAGCAGGGCAACAUCGACCGCUGGGACUCAGGGUGCCUGGAUCUCUCCGAAAGACCUCCAACACCAGCCAUAAGGAAGCCAGGGAAUUCCGGAAUGGCUUACGUGCUAAGGAGUCCUUAGCAUCCAUAGGGCAAGACGUGAAAGCCGAGGGGAAGCUCUUUCAGGAGAAGGAAAGCAGCAUAAUCCCAGUUAACAUCAAACACAAGUUCGGGAGCAGCAUCGUGGAGGAUCUUGUCACCGAGGAGCAGGCACGCCGAGCUCUGUGUGAGGCUGGUUUGAUUGAAGGGCAGAAACGACUCAGCAACCUGACACCUAAAAUACCAGAGAACCCCAUGGCCACCACACCCUUUGCUGAUUAUUUUGAACUGGGUUACAAUCUGAGGUCAAACAUCUUCCAAGGUGGCCCAUUAGAGAGUAAGAGCCUGAUGAAGGAUUCCUAUACACCAGAUGUGAUUCAAAGGGCAGUCAGAGACCCCAAGCAUUGGCAUGGAAGGAAAACCGAUGAGCUAGGGCGAUGGCAUCAGAAAAAUGCCCUAAACCUUAACCUGCAAAAAGCUUUGGAGCAGAAAUAUGGAGAGAAGAACAAAGGUACCAAAUCCUAGAAGGCCCAGGGUAAAGAAGCGAAGCACACUCCAGCUGGAAUCCUUCUCUGCCUCGGCUUAGAAUAAACCUCUGUGCAGGCUCGA